AUGUUCUCAAAAAUGAGAAGCUCUAGCAUUCAAGUGGGUCUCAUAGUUGUUCUCCUAACAGCUAGUGUUGUUUUAUCCGAUGACAAUGUGCCAAUUCCAGCUGACAAGGCCCAAGUGAGAACAUGGUUCAAUAACAAUGUGAGGCCCUUGGCACAAAGCAAGAGCUUGGACCCUGGACUAGUUGCUGCAGAGGCUGGUGCUAGGGUUGUUAAGGUCAUGCAAGAUGGCAGUGGGAAUUUCAAGACCAUCACUGAUGCCAUUAAGAGCAUCCCUAUUGGAAACACAAAGCGUGUCAUUAUCUACAUUGGAGGAGGAAAUUAUCAUGAGAAAAUCAAAAUUGAGAGGACAAAGCCUUUUGUCACAUUUUAUGGGGCACCAGGGAACAUGCCGAACUUGACCUAUGGGGGCACUGCACAACAAUAUGGCACUGUUGACAGUGCUACAUUGAUUGUUGAAUCAGAUUAUUUUGUGGCUUCUAACAUCAUAAUCUCGAAUUCAGCACCAAGACCUGAUGGAAAGAGGCCAGGAGCUCAAGCGGUUGCUCUAAGAAUUUCUGGUGACAAAGCAGCGUUUUAUAAUUGCAAGUUUUUUGGAUUCCAGGACACAAUUUGUGAUGAUAGGAAUAGGCAUUUUUUCAAAAACUGCUUCAUUCAAGGCACUGUGGAUUUUAUUUUUGGAAGUGGCAAGUCACUAUAUUUGAACACUGAAUUGAGAGUGCUUGGUGACAAUGGGAUGACAGUGAUAGUGGCACAAGCAAGAAAAAGUGAGGCAGAGGACAGUGCCUACUCAUUUGUGCAUUGCCAUAUUACUGGAACUGGAACUGGCACUUACUUGGGAAGAGCAUGGAUGUCUCAUCCCAAAGUGAUCUUCGCUUACACCACUAUGAGCAAUGUUAUUAAUAAAGCAGGGUGGAGUAACAACAAUCACCCAGAAUAUGACAGAUCUGCAUAUUUUGGAGAGUACCAAAACAAGGGACCCGGUGCAGAUGUCAGUGGGCGUGCCUCAAUCACAAAGAAACUAAGUUUCGCGGAGGUCAAACCUUACGUAACGCUUGGCAUGCUUCAGGCCUCCAAAUGGCUACUUCCUCCUCCAAGAGUCUAA